GGAUCGGCGUAUAGAUAAUGAGAAAUAAUCGAUCGAUCGAGUAUAUAAAGCGAAUCUAAAAUUUGACCAGUUAUAUCUACGGUGACACAGAGUUUGAACAUUUGUAUUGCUUCACGGAUACAAGAUGAAAGCCUUCUUCAUCGUUCUUAUCGCUUUGUUCAUGGUCUAUGUAAACUCCGAUCAAAAUCUGAAACCACAGUGCCCGGAAGAUUUAAAUGAGAACAACACGAUGAUCGUACACCCGUGCAAUUGUAGCACGUUCUUCGUCUGCACCACGGAUCCACCAAUUCCUAUGGAUUGCCCCGCUGGUCUUCAAUUCGACGAAAAGAAACAAGUUUGCGACUACAAAUGGCGCGUGAAAUGCAAACCGAAAAAGGAAUGUCCGAGGAAAGAAAAUUCAUUGGACGGAUUGUAAUUAUUUACAUAUCUAAGUCGAUAUGCCGAAAUCUCUAACAUCGAUAUCGCUUGAUUAACGAUUAAUAUUAUAUAAAUACCAUCUAAUCUAUAUUGUUUUCAUCUGAAAUGAAUCGAGCAAUCUGAAGCGGAAUAAAAUAAAAAUAUUAAAAUAUUACUCUUCCAAUCUCUAUAUCUGUAUCGAUUAUAAUACGAAUGCUUAUUUUAAAUAAAUUAUUAACCUUUUAAUAAAAA